AUGUAUACACAUGUAAUUGUAGCGACUUUUUUAGAAUUAUUGUUAAGUGUAUUGGCAACGACAGAUACUAGUAAUACUCAUGUAAAUAAAUUUGAAAGCGCUGAAAUGAUGGUAUCAAAGAGCACUACCGAUUCAAAUCCUGUUUCCGUGAUUGGUGUUAUGGAUAGGAAUAUCAAACAUAAUUUACAUAAUUCCUUGCAAGGCGCCAAGUGUAAUGGCGCAUACUGCAAAUUGUCUAAUAAUAAAAAUGUGGAAUCCAUGAAAAAUGGGACUAAUUUUCUUAUUGUUAAACAUUUUUGCCUAAACAGUUGUGUAUGUUGGCCUUUGUGGGCCUUUUCAAUAGCUUAUCUAUUUUGCCAGUUCAUAAUCUUCUUAGCCUUUGUUCACUCUUCAGCCAAUAUAUUUACAAAUGGAAUUUGGGGAAAAACUUUUUACACUCAUGGUGGUUUGUACUUAAUCAUUUUUUCAUUGUUAACUGGUACAAUUGGUGGAUUGGUGGGAUAUUAUAAAUCAUUCUGUAUACCAGUAAUACUGGCACUAAUAGGUGGUUCCCUAAAUGUAGGUGCUGCAGUUAUUCUUGUUGUGACAACAAUAAUGUUUGGCAUUGUUGGAUUGGGAUUGGGAUUAAUCCCCUUCUGCAAAAAUUUGAAAAUGAACAUCAAGUACACUGAACGGUGUGAUAGGCUAGAAGAUUUGAAUAACUAUGGAAGUAACGAAUCAUCCAACUCUGAUACAAGUAGCAGAUCGUAA